AUGUACCUGUUCAGGAAAACUUUUGAAGUUUACAUCAAAAUAUUACAAUUACUUUGCACAUCAAUAUUUUUGUAUUUAGCCAAUAGAAAGAAAAACCUAGGUCAGUCAUCUGGAUUUGAAGACCACAAUCAUUCAUAA